AUGGGCGAUGCAAAAAUGUUCGGAUUAGCAACAACUGCAACAACAAAUACUACCACAACUACUACAUCAUCUGUACGAUCGGAAAAUAUUAAUCAAUAUGGUGGCGGUGGAAAUAUUGGUGGAAGACGUUUUCUAGAAUCGGCUGCCCCAACUGGACGAAAACCGGUGACAAAAGGUUCGUCGUCGUCGACAACAACCACAACUGCACCAACACAACAUAAUCAGCAACAAUUAUUACAAAAUAUUGUUAAGCCGAAUGAUACCUUAGAGUAUAUAAUCAAAUUUCCGACCCCUCAAUAUCGCAAUGAGCAAACGAACGGGUUUGAGCAAUCAGCGGGAGAAGCGGAUGAUUUUGUUUUUGUAUAUAAUGAUACACAUGUGCCGAUUGUAUUGCUGUUGGGCUGGGCCGGUUGUCAGGAUCGUUAUUUGAUGAAAUAUUCGAAAAUAUAUGAAGAUCGAGGGUUAAUAACGGUUCGCUAUACAGCUCCCGUCGACACUCUGUUCUGGAAACGUCGUGAAAUGCUACCGAUUGGCGAGAAAAUCCUCAAACUAAUCUAUGACAUGAAUUUCGAUUCCCAUCCCGUUAUAUUCCAUAUAUUCUCAAAUGGUGGUGCCUAUCUGUAUCAACACAUAUCAUUGGCCAUACGCAAACAUAAGACACCGCUGCAGGUGCGUGGUAUGAUUUUAGAUUCUGCCCCGGGUGAACGGCGUAUGCUGGGUCUGUAUCGUGCCGUAACAGCUAUUUAUGGUAAAGAGCGAAAGAAAUGUCAUUGCGUUACCGCGAUUAUUAUAACUAUAACACUGGGCAUAAUGUGGUUUUUUGAGGAAACAUUUUCUGCAUUUAAAAGCCUAUUCUGCAAAACCGAGCCAAUACAAACCAAUCCCUUCAAUGAUCUGAAAAACGAACCAAAUGAAUAUCCGCAACUAUUUUUGUACUCCAAAGGUGAUGUUGUUAUACCACAUACGGAUAUUGAAAAUUUCAUUACUUACCGACGACAACAGGGCGUUGAUGUAAGCUCUGUCUGCUUCGAAGAUGCUGAACAUGUAAAAAUCUAUACAAAAUAUCCGACACAAUAUAUACAGUGUGUUUGUAGUUUCAUCAACAACUGUUUAGCGGCACCCUAUAAACCGCCAAUGGAAAGCUUUAAUAGCGCAUCAACCACACCUUCAUCAACUUCAAUGAAAUAUGAAUAA